AUGAUGACCUUUGCCUACCUUGCAGGCCUGAGCAUGCUGAGCACCGUCAGUACCGAGCGCUGCCUGUCCAUCCUGUGGCCUAUCUGGUACUGCUGCCGCCGCCCAAGAAACCUGUCAACAGUCAUGUGUGCCCUGCUCUGGGCCCCAUCCCUGCUGCUGAGCACCCUGGAAGGGAAGUUUUGUGGCUUCUUAAUUAGUGAUGGUGACUAUGGUUGGUGUUGGACAUUUGAUUUCAUCACUGCAGUGUGGCUGAUUUUUUUAUUUUUUAUUUUUGUUGUGGUUCUCUGUGAGUCCAGCCUGGUCCUGCUGGUCAGGAUCCUCUGUGGCUCCCUGCACAUCCUGCUGACCAGGCUUGUGACCAUCCUGCUCACAGUGCUGCUCUUCCUUAUUUGCAGCCUGCCCUUUAGCAUUAAGUGGUUCCUAUUAUUCUGGACCCUCAUGGAUUUUGAUGUCUUCCUUUGUCAUUUGCAUCCAGUUUCAGAUGUCUUGUCCUCUCUUAACAGCAGUGCCAACCCCAUCAUUUACGUCUUCAUGGGCUCCUUUAGGCAGCGUCAAAAUUGGCAGAACCUGAAGCUGGUUCUCCAGAAGUCUCUGCAGGACACACCUGAGGUGGAUGAAGGUGGAGGGCGGCUUCCUCAGGAAACCCUGGGGUUGUCGGGAAGCAGAUUGGAGCAGUGA